CUACAUCCUGAUUGGUUCACGAAAAGUACAUGACAUCACCUUUUUCCAACCGAACCUGGCACCUUCCAUACCAGUUAGAACCAAAAACUGCUGUAACACUAACGGAAGAGAGUGUGUUUCUCUCAUGGAGGAUCCCUUCACUCAUAACGCCGCUGCCGCUGACCCUGGUUUCAUUCGGAAUCCGGCUUUUGGAACAGAAUGCAAGGCAGUUUUUGCUUCGUUUUGCGCACAUGUUUCCUCCUUGUGUUCCUCCUGCCAGGAGGCUCCUGUUCAGAAGCAGAGCACAAGCUCUUCUCUGUGAUAUUCUCCAACUACAACCAGUACAUAAGACCUGUGGAAAACGUGACCGACCCAGUCAUUGUACAGUUUGAGGUGUCCAUGUCACAGCUGGUCAAAGUCGAUGAAAUCAAUCAGAUCAUGGAGACAAAUUUGUGGCUGAGACAUAUCUGGAAUGACUACAAACUCAGAUGGAACCCAAAAGAUUAUGGUGGUGUUGAGUUUAUCCGAGUGCCGUCCAGCAGGAUAUGGAAGCCAGACAUUGUGCUGUACAACAAUGCAGUCGGAGAUUUCCAGGUUGAUGACAAAACAAAGGCCCUGCUUCGUUACAAUGGUGAUGUUACCUGGAUACCUCCAGCCAUAUUCAAGAGCUCCUGCAAGAUUGACGUGACUUAUUUUCCCUUCGACUACCAAAACUGCACUAUGAAGUUUGGCUCGUGGACAUACGACAAGGCCAAGAUUGAUCUGGUUCUAAUUGGUUCAACCAUCAACCUCAAGGACUUCUGGGAGACCGGGGAGUGGGUGAUCAUCGACGCUCCUGGUUACAAACAUGAUAUAAAGUACAACUGCUGUGAGGAAAUCUACACAGAUAUUACUUACUCUUUGUACAUCCGUCGUUUGCCACUUUUCUACACCAUCAAUAUGAUCAUCCCGUGUCUCCUCAUCUCCUUUCUUACUGUACUUGUGUUCUACCUCCCAUCUGAUUGCGGUGAGAAAGUCACUUUGUGUAUCUCCGUCCUGCUGUCUUUGACCGUCUUCCUCCUUGUCAUAACAGAGACCAUCCCAUCCACCUCACUAGUCAUCCCACUAAUUGGUGAGUACCUCCUCUUCACCAUGAUCUUUGUCACCCUCUCUAUUGUCAUCACCGUUUUUGUGUUGAACGUUCACUAUCGCACACCAAAGACUCACACCAUGCCUUGCUGGGUGCGAACUGUAUUCCUGAAACUGUUGCCCAAGGUGAUGUUCAUGACUAGGCCAGAGAGGGACCCUGAGCAGGUGACAGUGACAAACGAUGUUCAAACCAUGCAUUCAAUACCCUGUGCCAUCCAUUCGUCAUGUACUUUCCAGAAGAAGAACAAGCCUCAGGCCCUGGCCUCCACCAUGGUGUCCAACCUGACAAACCGCCAAAGGCUUUUCAACAACACAGAGCUCUCCAACCUCAAUAACUUAAGUGGAGAUCCGGCUAAAAGUGCAGGCUCUGCGUUCUUGUGCUGUAAGGGUCGUUGCAACUGCUGCUGGCGUCAGAGAUCCAACAAACUGCCUGCAGACUCUGGGGGAGGAAGCGGAGGACUGGGCAGCCUGGGGGCACUGACUGGAGGUAGUGCUAUUGGGGCUGGAGGGGGGAGUCAGUGCUCCAGCUCCGAGUCUCUGGACGGAGGAAUAAUGCCCCUGCUGCCACUCUCCCCCGAGGUCAGGGAAGCCAUUGAGAGUGUCAAAUACAUAGCAGAGAACAUGAGACUACAGAAUGAAGCAAAGGAGGUUCAGGAUGACUGGAAAUAUGUUGCCAUGGUUAUCGACAGAAUCUUCCUGUGGGUUUUUGUCCUUGUGUGCAUCCUGGGUACAGCUGGCCUCUUCCUUCAGCCUCUUUUACUUGGGGAGGACAUUUGAAUCAGUUUGACUAAACUAAUACUCCAGACUGUUGUAUUGUGCAGCAUUCAUUUUAAAUAAGAUUCUUGGCAUGGCUCAGACAGAGAAAAUAGAGGGGAUCCAAAAUCAAGACAAAAAGAUUACUGUUUCUGCCAAAUGUUGAUGCACAUGUUUGUUAACAGCUUUCUUGUUUGUUUGUUUUGUUUUGUUUUUUCACAGACAGGGUGGAUGAUUUUUGUUUGAUGAAGUGGUCUAAGCACUCCUCAUAUCCAAGACCAUGGUGGUUUGUCAUGCCAUUGUGUACAAAAUCUGUGUAUAAAAUACUCAUCAGUUUUCUUAUUUUGAAUUUUAUUUAUUUUUUCUUAUUUUUAAUUUUAUUUUAUCUUGAAGCAUUAAAACUAAUUUUAAAGUAUGUACGUACAUUCACAAAUACAACCAAUGCUACUAGCAAGCUCAAUAUUUGAAUUAAACAUCAUGGUUCCAUUUCAGAUAUUCUUCUUUAAACUGUUGGAUCAUUACUGAGUGCCAUGCCAACAAUAUAUACGUGUUCACAGAGAUAACAGAACACAAUGUUCAACAUUUAACGUGGAUUUCCAUGUGUCUGACAGCCGAGCAAGGUUGUCUGUAUUCAAAGAGUGACAUCAUGUGGUAAAUCUUUGCUACCACAGAUGGUAACAAAGGCUUUGUGACAGUUAAAGGGAUAUGUCACCCAGUUUGCGAUCAUCUCUGUUGAAUAUUCUCUGUUGGAAAAUGUUAUGAAAUGUUACACUAAUACUUUACUGAAACUUUAGUUCUGUUUUACUCCCACACUUCUGCAAAUAAAUCUUAAAAAUAUUUA